AAAAAUUUUGCGUGGCUCUGCGUGGGGAGCAACGUGCGCGCGUGUUUAAUUGGCAUAAAAGGAUCGUGCGUCACCGACUUUCGCUUCUCAAGAUGGGAGGGGACGCCAAGUGGAGCCUUCACCCGCGGGAGUCAACAAGCUUCGCAGUCUACAAAGGGAACCCGCUCGCCGUCAAGCGAUGACUGCAAACCAGUGAGUGACGAGGAGGAAAAAAAAUCUGCGGGGAGGAAGAAGAGGAUGGCGAGAACGGGGACAGAGAAGAAGUUCCCUGCUGAGACGCAAAAAAGAAACCUGUAAGUAAAGAGUUUCGAUUCUCCGUUGACUGCUCACUUUGAAAGUAAAGAAAUAAAGGAUGGAGCCCGAGGCAAGUACGGGACGCGCUUCCAAUUUGGCGCAAGUGGCCGCCUCCAAACUCUCCCAGAUGGGGGACAGAACUAAGCAGCUGGGCACCGCCAUGCAAGAGCCGGCUCGGCAGAACCGCAUCAUCCUGGUCAUCGUGUGCGUGGUUCUGCUUCUGGACAACAUGCUCUACAUGGUCAUCGUGCCCAUCAUCCCGGACUACCUGCACGAGCUGCAGGAGGCGGCGGAGCACGCGCCGGUCCCGCCGUCUCCGACGCGCGGCAACUCCAGCAACGGCACCUUCGCGCACCGGCGCACCCCCGCCGGGGACAACUUCGACGUGCAAAUCGGCGUGCUGUUCGCCUCCAAAGCCAUUGUGCAGCUUCUCGUCAACCCCCUGAGCGGCACCUUCAUCGACCGGGUGGGCUACGACAUCCCGCUGGUGAUCGGGCUGAGCAUCAUGUUCCUGUCCACGCUCAUGUUCGCCUUGGCGCAGAACUACGCCUCGCUGUUCGUGGCGCGCAGCAUGCAGGGCAUCGGCUCGGCUUUCGCCGACACGUCGGGCAUCGCGCUCAUCGCCGACCGCUACACGGAGGAGGCGGAGCGCAGCAGGUCUCUGGGCAUCGCGCUGGCUUUCAUCUCCUUCGGGAGCUUGGUGGCGCCCCCCUUCGGCGGGGUUCUGUACCAGUUCGCCGGCAAGCGGGUGCCCUUCCUCAUCCUGGCCGCCGUGUGCCUGGCGGACGGGGUCAUGUGCCUGGUGGUUCUCAAGCCCUUUUCCAACCGGGAGCGGGCCAACAUGCCGGUGGGCACCCCCAUCUACCGGCUGAUGAUGGACCCGUACAUCGCGGUGGUGGCCGGGGCGCUGACCAUCUGCAAUAUCCCGCUGGCCUUCCUGGAGCCCACCAUCGCCAACUGGAUGGAGGAGACCAUGCACUCCAGCCAGUGGGAGAUCGGCAUGACGUGGUUCCCCGCCUUCUUCCCGCACGUGCUGGGGGUCUUCCUGACCGUCAAGUUAGCCGCCAAGUACCCACACCUGCAGUGGUUCUACGGCGCCAUCGGCAUGGUGUUCAUCGGGGCCAGCUCCUGCACGGUGCCGGCGUGCAAGAACUUCGGCCAGCUGAUGAUCCCGCUGUGCGGGAUCUGUUUCGGCAUCGCCUUCGUGGACACGGCGCUGUUGCCCACGCUGGGCUUCCUGGUGGACGUGCGCUACGUGUCCGUGUACGGCAGCGUGUACGCCAUCGCCGAUAUCUCCUACUGCGUGGCCUACGCCAUGGGGCCCGUGGUCGCCGGCAAGAUCGUGCACGACCUGGGCUUCGUGCAGCUCAACUUGGGCAUGGGCCUGGCUAACGUGCUGUACGCGCCCGCCCUGCUGCUGCUGAAGAACGUGGCGCAGAUGAGGCCCUCGCACUCUGAGAGGAACAUGCUGCUGGAGGACGGCGCCACGGGGCUCUACGCCUCCAUCAAGAUGGAGCAGCAGGAGAAGAAGAGGAAAGGUCUGUGCGCCACCAUGGAGGAGAACGGCAUAGAGACUUUCGUGCGCCGAUCUUUCUCCGAGGAGGAGUCCUCGGGUGGGGAGUGCGCGUGAAGGGGAAGGGACGCUCAAGAAACGCUCGCUAUUUGCGGCUGAUAGCGACCGAGGACGACGAGCCCGUCUGCGAGCUCUUAAAAUAUCGAUUUGGGGAAUUGCUUGCAUAUUUGGUUCGCGAACCGUUGACCACGACGACAACGUCCUAAAACGACUUAGCUCUCAAAGUAACGCCAUCAUGACCAGAACAUUUAGGCAAGCAUAGCGCUACUCUAGAACACAGGGGAAAAUGCACUUCAAUUCAAAUUUGUUAAGUUUAAAAUGCAAACGUACUGAACUUCAAAGUUUAAUAAACCGAGCUGCGCUGAAAUGGAUUGAGAAAAAAAAGAAGAAAA